AAGAAAGAUGCAGGCGACGCCGCACUUAAAACUGGAAGUGUGUUCUGUGUCCUCGUAGGAGGCAGUACCAACUCCCCUUCCUCAUGAUUUGUCAAAAAUCCGGUCUUGUGUGCGAACUCUCUGUACAGCCCUGUGAACAGCGGAACAUCUCCAAAAGUAUGGUGGACGCUUUUACUGAAACUGCUGGCUCUAGGAUAAACCAUGUGAUUCCCCGCUCUUCUGCAUUUCCUCGUCCACCCCCACUUCUUCCUCGAGGUCCGACACCGGUCUCAUUCGUAGAUUCUCAAUUUUUCCAGCCUGCUUCUGCCUCAUCCCCCGGAAAAAGUCUUGGAUUUUCCAGGUCCCACGUCCCUCCCUUUGUUGAUCCCAGUGUGUAUGGCCAGUCACAGGAUGCAUCAACAAAUUCACCUAGCUUGAGGGGCAACAUGCGUUAUCAGGAUGCUAAUUUCCUCACCUUUCCCGGCAAUCAGCGAGGUUCCCACUCUCUCAACUCUGUCACUCCACCUGCAAAUACCUUCGCCUUUAGCGCGCCUCCAGACCAACGCGUGAGUGACUUCCCACAAGGAGAGUUCCCUAUCGGCAGCAUUUUGAACACGACUCUGGUUGGUUCAUAUUCCAGUGUGGUUCCUCCUCCCGCCGCGUCUCCUUGGCGCUCGGGUCGCCCUGAGUUGCGCCGUAACCAUCUGAGUGCAUCCCCUUCUUCUUCUGGUCAAGGUCGAGAUUCGCCUUCCCCUUCCGAUUACAGCUCUUCGCAUGCAUGGCGCCCCCCGAUUUUCUUCCCGCAGACGCGUCAGUGGACUUUGCGAGGCGUCACGCCUCCACAGCCACUCUCCCACGCGAUCACUGAUCCCACAACGUGUCUACGGUUCUUGCCACGGUUUAUCCCCUCUGUGCCAGUCGAUUUCGGACCGGUUCCCUCUGUCAGACCGUCGAAUGUAGUCUCCAACCAGCAGAGUACCCCUGUGGAACAGACCAGAGAGGUGAUUUUCCAGGAUGUGAAACUGCCCCCGGCCAUCGUCCCCACUACUAUGGCGCGGCCGCUUCCCCUGGGCAUGCAGACUUUUCCUGCGCCUCAUCGCCUACCCUCGUUUCCCACGUCUUCCGGAGCCUACACAUCGUUCUCGUCUCAACUUGGAUUUCCCUCUCCCUUCCCUUUUUCUGGCCCAUCUGUCCCUCCGGCGUUCCGGCCACAUUUCCUGCCUCUGUCGCCUCAAGUCCAGACUGCUCCGGGUCGCCGUCAAGCCCCUCAGGGUCCAGGCCAAGCAGAACCGAAGAAGAGUGAGCCUGCCUCUUCAUUGCCAUCACGGAACACAGAAGGACAAUCAAGCCAGCCGGCCGACUGUGAGGAACUUCCGAUGACUACUGGGGAAAGGGCAACCUCGUUUCUGCGUGCUGGCAGUGACUCUGGCUCAGCCGAGGUCCCUGGCAGCAGCUUCCAAAGAGAGGAAGGGGCCUCAGGCACCUCGAGUUCUACCGAGGAAGGAGGGGAUGAAGCGAAAGAAGAAAAGAAAAAAGGACCUGACUCUUCGUCACAGAACCCACCUCCAGAGGGUCAGGCAGUAUCGUGUAGAAGUGUUGAGGACUCUGGAGGCACGGAUAACGGAGUCGUAUCUUUUGUAGAGGAACAUAAUACGAGCCCUUCACAUAACUGGCAACGUCCCUCCCCUCUGCCUUCCCAAGAGACCUCUCAGGACCCUUCCGAGGUGUCGUCUUCAGUCCCGUCUUGUCCCGCCGUGUUCCAAUCUACCGGAGAGUCUUUCUUCAAAGAAAAAAACACUGAGGCUUCUCCCCAUAUCCCCCCGAGACUGGAAAAAGAGCCAACGGAGUCGGAAAGCCUGGCCACGCCUGCCGCAGCGACCGAAGGUGGAGGAAAGGGGCGAGAAGCGGAUUCUGUUCAAACGGUGACGCCGCAAGCUAAAACCUUGCCUUCCGAACCUAUGGCCCAAAGAGGACGUACGAUUACCUCGGAGGCGGCUGUCUUGUCGUCAUGUGCGCGCCGUCCGUCAUCGGAUAUCUCUCAACAGCUUAAAGGAGAAGACAAGCCGCCGAGCUCCACAGAUACAAUCUCAGAAAACACACCCGUAUCUUCUGCCCAUCAUAAAUACAGUGAUCAGUCCCACGCUGACAAUUUGAAACAAGAACACGGUCGCCCCCUGGAUCGCUCUGAGGUCCAGACAAGAAAGACGGAGGACGGACGUGCUGCGCCAGAUUCGGGAGCUGGGUCUAGCCUGAUUCAGGAGGAGGACCCUCGAGACGGAGAGGCCAAAUUAAUAAGAAUGACUCAGAUCCCUCUCACCCGAGGUCGUGAUCGGAGUGCUUCCCCGUCCCUGAGUGGCAGCGCACCAGACCCUGCCCUCCAAAUGCGAGAGUACUGUGAUCCUGUAGCGGUCUACGAGAACUCUUGUCCUUCUUCUCCGCCUGAUUUCGAGGCGUAUGAUGCUUCGCAUGCCUGGCCGCUUCUCUCGUCUCCCGACAACCAAGCUUCAGAACCUCUGAGCAGCGCUUUUGUUCCAUCUCAUCCUUACCAUGCCUCUCCUUUUCGAGCCCCUUCUAGCAUCAACCAGCUGUACGGUAACGAUUCCACUGGUGGACAUCCUGUCUCCCCACUUCUGCAAAGCGCGAGUGUCGGCAAAGGACCCCGCAUACCUACGGCAGCUGAGGGAGAUGUCUACGGGUUCUCAGAUUCUGCGGGAGAUCCGUGUCCUCGCCCGUUGUCUCCGUACGAACAUCUGUAUUGGGCAGGAGUCACAGAGGGUCUCUCUGAUGCGUGGAGAAGCAGCGCUACAACUGAUGAGGACUUGUCCUCGGCUUAUCCUCCCCGAGGGGCCCCUGGUGGCCAGAUGUGUCCGCCUUCUUCAGGAUUUCCGUACUCUCAACAGGACAGUUAUGUCGAGACCUUUCCCCAGUCAAGGAGUCGGAUCAAUGAAGUGGUCCGACUGGGACCUGGGGAAGCCUUUUGGGGUCCAGAGCUUCAAGUCCCUCACUAUGUCGAGAGUGCAGGAAAGAGUCCUCAUCGACAACUUUUGUCCAAAACAAACACUCGAGUCCCCCUCCAUUAUGUUGGAAGUGUUCCUCCGAAACGCGAAUGUGGGUCCUUUACAGAUGGCCUUCCAAGCCGACCUCCUUCAGCUCCACCGCGAGAGAGAGGAGACGCCACCGGCUCCAGCAGAGAGUUUCCUUGGCAGCCUGUGCCUCCAGCUGAGGCAAGGAUCUGUCCCCGUGCCGCGACCGCGGUCGAAGAGCCUACAGAGACACUUGCGGCCUCAACCGACAAUGCCAGAAUCCUGAGCGGGCCAGAUGAGACUCACGGACCCCGUAUAAGUGACUGCGUGAAUUGUGGAACUCCGAAUUUAGAUCCCGGAGAACACGCUGUGGAAAGAGACCAUCCUCGAGCCAACAGUUCUCCUUCAGUCUGCCAACUGAAGACUCCACCAACCCGGGGGCUUUGGGGAGAACCUCGACCGAGUGUCGAUGGCUGCCCCAGACCCUGCGGGUGUCCAGAUGUGUGCUCCGCUUCAAAUUCCUCGGAUCGCGCUGUUCUUAAUCACCGCCCGUUCGCAAGGCAAGAGUCGGAGGAGUACGUCAGCUCGAUCCCGAAUGACGGGAGACGAGAAGCGUCUGGCGCGGAUGGGGAAGGAGGAAGUCCGCAUCCGUGUUCACUGAAACACUGGUCCUCGUUCGGGCGGUUUCAGCCAAUCCCCCUCGUCCGGUGUCACUCCCCUCAAGACCGGUAUCACGUUGCCAAGCUCGGCGUCUGCGGCUACCCUGUCUACCCCUCCGAGGAGGAUUUGGGGGAGAUUUACGACAACGCAUGCGCAGACACGCCCCUGGCGGGCGACGCAAACGGUGCGGAUUGCUCCGACCGCUCGUUUCGAACCGAUACGGUGCCCCUGUUCUCGGGACGAAGCGCUGCACGAUCGGCUACCGACAUCAGCUUCCCUGGAGAAGGGACGCGGCCCUCGGAGAGCUCAAGACGAACCUCCCCAAGACACGCGGGAACCCCUACCAGCUCCAGUCGCGGAAGUGGAUCCCACACGAGCAGGGAGGAUGGAACAGUUGGGAGGAGACUGAAACCUCCGGUGCCCUACAUCCCCAUAAGGGGCUCGAAGGUCGGGCAGGCCAAGAAGACAUCGCUCGAGAGACCGGCGCUCUCCUCCUUGGCCGCGCGAAAUCGACGGCUUGAAAACCAGGCUGUUGUCGGAGUUCGCCUUCGGUACGUUGCCGUCAUUCCAGUGCAACGUAUGUCUACAACGAGCGGUAUUUAGGUGUUGAAUAUGAGAAGGUAGUAGUGCUGCGACAGGCUCAUGACCACGGCAGGGUCGCUCUCGUCAGGAGGGCCCAUUGUAGUCAGAGCUUCUCGAAAGUUCAGAAGCACAGACUCCCAGCAAGGAUCCGAUCCGUUUGCUCCUAAAAGACGAAUCUCAGGAACGAGACUACCAAAGUGCGCUGUUCUUGACCUGCACGCUAAGUGCAUCAGGGCUAGUGUCGCAUCGAGCGUAUACUUGGAAAAGUGCGAACCAC